GUGGUUGCGGUCGAGGCCGUGUAUAGUAUGGAUGGGGAUGUUGCGAAGUUGAGGGAGAUUGUGGAGAUGGUGGAGAGGACGCUGCCGAGGGGGACGGGGCAUGUGGUUGUUGAUGAGGCGCAUUCGACGGGUGUGUUGGGGCCGCAGGGUAGGGGGUUGGUUUGUGAGUUGGGUCUGGAGGAUCGUGUGUUUGCGAGGCUUCACACGUUUGGGAAGGCGUUGGCGUGUAAUGGAGCGAUAAUCCUCUGCUCACCACUCCUCCGACACUACCUCAUCAACUACGCCCGCCCCUUGAUCUACACGACAUCUCUCUCCUAUCCAGCCCUCGCAGCCAUCCGCACAUCCUACAGGCUCCUUCCACUCCUCGGCCAACAGGAGGGAGAAGAAGACCCAAGGACCCACCUCUUCAAUCUCAUUUCCCAGCUCUUUACCUCUUUGACUGCCCUCGUGGACACUGACUCCAGCUCCAAUGCCGACGGGGACAUACGGACUCUGAUCCAGGUACCGAAAACAUGCCCCUCAUCACCCAUCUUCGCAGUCCAAACGCCCGAACCGAGGCAAUUGGCGGCGUUCCUGCAGGCGCGGGGCAUGAUGGUAAGGGCGGUCGUGGCGCCGACGGUAGCGGAGGGGACGGAGAGAGUGAGGGUGUGUCUUCAUGCUGGGAACACGAAGGGGGAGGUUGAGACGCUGGUGGAUGGGAUUGGGGAGUGGGCUCGGGGGAGGGCGAAGGCGAGAGCGAGACUUUAGUAAGUAGAUUUGUGGAGGGUUGGGUGUGUAUAGAAAGAUAGACAGGUGAAAAAGUAGAUAGAUAGACUUGGUUGAGAAGAUGGAAAUGAAAAGAGAAGACGCCUCUAUGGAUGGAAAUAUCCAAGGUAUAUACACGGCGGGGGUAUCUUGAGCUCCCCCAACAUCCAGUUCAUCAUGUGCCAACCGACCGUGAGCGGACCUGA